ACAUAAACUUCCAAAUUGUGUAUCAGAGUGCCGGGAAAGCAAUUUCAACUCUCUGUUAGUUUCUUAGUAGGGUGACGUGUUAACACUUCCCCAUAUAUAAAGGCAGGGACCAGAACAGGCUAAUACAUAUCUGUAGCAAGAUCCCAUGACCAACCCUUUUAGUCCUCCUCUUCUUCCUUCUUCUUUUUAGCUUUUUUUUGUUUUUAAUUAUUAUUAUUUUUAUUUGAUCUCCUAUUCCGGAAGAGGAGAGAUCGACGGAGAUGGAGAUGGAGAUGGAGAUGGAGAUGGAGGGGGAAGGGCUGAAGACUCGGAGCUUCCGCUACGAGGACUACAACAACAGGAGGGCGUUCCUGAGGAGCUACCCUCUCCAGUGGGAAGAUGAGGAGGAGGAGGAGGAGGAGGAGGAGGGGGAGGAGGCGGCGGUGAGCUCGUCGUCGAAAUCAAAGGCGCCCCUGCUGGCGAAGACCCGGCUCGUGGCGGUGUUCCGGUGGGGGGAGGGGAAGCUUCUGCUGCUGAGGCGGCUCAAGAAGAAGGUCGCCUUCUAUCUCGUCGCUUGCCACCCUUUUCGCUUCAAGUCCUCUGCCAAGCUACUGAUCACCGCCUAGCCACAACACCUACGGCCACGAUCCAUAUAUAUUAGCGCCACUUGUUCCCCUCCGUCGCCGAACACGACUGCUUUUUCUUUCUUCUCUUUCUCACCCCCCUCCUCUCCACUCCCAUCUAAAUCUAAAGAUAUCAGCUGUAUCAAUCUUUAUUUGUAUCUGAAACGUCGAGCCGUGGUUCAGUUCGCAGGAUUAUCAUAUUAUUCUCAUCUUAUUGCUUUCCCGAAUCUCUGAUGGUGAUUUAGCUAGAUGCGUCAGCACAGUAAUGUUUAGCAAAGAAAGAAAGAAAGAAAUGAGAACCAAAAAAAAAAAAAAAAGGAUUUAAG